AUGGCGGCACCGCCAUUGGUGUCGCCCGCGGCGCUGGCCGCCCUGGAGGGCGACGGCUGGCACGUCUCCCCGCACGCGCUGCUCGCACUGCUCGCCGCGAAACCCCCCUCCGCGGACGGCGGCGCACCGGAUCCGCAAGCCUCCCCCGCCUCCGCCGCUUCCGCGUCCUCGGCGGGGCAGCCAGUUGGCGCAACGCAGAGCGCGCCGAUGUCGGCGCAGCAGGUGCGCGCGGCGGCGCUAGACCUGGACCUGCGGCGGUUCGGCGAGGGGUGCUUGCCGGACGACGUGAAUCGUGCCGUGUACCGCCGCCUGCCGGGGAAGCUCGUCGUGCAGGUAGUGUCAGCCGUAAAUGUGUGCGAGCCCAGAGGCGGGGAGGACGCUGAGUCAGCCGCCGCUGCCGCUGACGAGGAUGACCGCUGGGAGGACGACGACAGACAAACCGCCCCCACUGCUCCCUCUGCUGCUGCUUCCGCCGUUGGUGUGGAUGGGCUGGGAGGGCGAGGUGCUGUGGGUCGCAAUGGCGGCAGCAGUGGGGGGCGAAGGCUGCUGCGCAUGCGGGUGACGGACGGCAAGAGGAGUGCGAGUGCUGUGGAGAUGCACCCCUGCCCGCACGUGCCGAUGGCUCUUGCUCCGGGCACCAAGCUGCUCCUCACGGCCCCCAUCAUCCGCCACGGCUUCAUCCUGCUGGACCCGCAGACCGUGCAAGUGCUGGGCGGCCGCGUGGCCCCUCUCUACGACGACACACUUGCCAGUAUGCCUGGCAGCGCACCUGCCGGCACGCAUGUGUCUGGAGCAGCAGGUGGGGGGCCGGCAGGAGGGCGUGGGGGUGAGGCCAGUGCUGCCGGCUCUGCCCCUGCAGCAGCGGCAGCAGCAGUAGCAGGUACAGCAGCGAGAGAGGGGGGCGGAGGGUCGGCAGAGGCGGGGGAGGCAGGGGCAGCAGCAGAGGCAGCGAGGGAGAGGGCGGUGGAGCGGGCGAGAGUUGAGGCUGCUGCUGCUCUCAAGCACGCUGCCCCACACGACAGGAGCGCUUCCAGGAAGCUUCUGGAGAAGAUGGGGGAGGAGCAGGGGCGAGGCAGGGGCAGGCGGGGGGGCCGUGGGGGAAGGGGGAGGGGGAGGAGGGGCCGGGAGGAGGAGGAUGAGGGAACGAUGACACUAGAGGAAUAUGAGGCGAGGAAGGCUAUGGGGAGGCAAGGAGGGGGAAGAGGGGUGGGGGGGAUGACGGGAGGAACGGGAGGGAUGGGCGGAAUGGGAGGGAGUGGAGGGAGGGUAGAUGUAAGCAGUGCAUCACAAGUGAUGUCAGAUGAGGAACUUGCGAGGAAGCUGCAGGCGGAGCUGGAUAUGGAGGACAUGGGGGGAUUUGUAAGUUGCACACCCUUUGCUCUGCUCUUCCUUGUCCCUUUUCCUGUGGCCGCUCCAUACCCACUCGCUCGUUUACCCACUCUCAUGCCCCUCCAUUUCCUGCUGUCACCCCUCCAUUUCCUGCUGUCACCCCUCCAUCUCCUGCUGUCACCCCUCCAUCUCCUGCUGUCACCCCUCCAUUUCCUGCUGUCACCCCUCCAUCUCCUGCUGUCACCCCUCCAUCUCCUGCUGUCACCCCUCCAUCUCCUGCUGUCACCCCUCCAUCCCACUGUCACCCCUCCAUCACUGUCACCCGUCCAUCUCCCACUGUCACCCCCCAUCUCCCAGUCAGAGGGGGGCGGGGCCGGCGGGGGAGGAGGGGAUGGUGUGGAGGGGGUACGAGUUGUAGAUACAGAGGGGGAGGCAGAGGGGGAGGCAGAGGGUGGUAAUAUUUUCCAGCUCGAUGAAGAGGAUUUUUUGCACUAA